AUGCCCGACAUCCAAGUUGAGCGCCCAGGCAACCCCGAACACGGCGACUUUGCUACCAAUUUGCCGCUUCGACUUGCUCGUGCAACCCGGAUCAAUCCCUUCGAGUUGGCGCAGGCGCUGGUGGCUCGCACACCUGAAAGCACCUCCAUCGGUCAGAUCGAAGCGGCCCCUCCCGGGUUCAUCAACUUCCGCCUCAAGGAUACUUGGCUGCAGGAACAGGUGGAGGAGGUGCGCCGGGCUGGCUCCACCUUUGGAAGCGUGGACACCGGGGCGGGACGCAAGGUUAUGGUGGAGUUUGUCAGCGUCAACCCCACCGGCCCGGUACACGUAGGCCACACCAGGGGCGCCGUUCUGGGAAGCGCGCUGGCCAACGUGUUGGAGGCCGCAGGUUAUCAGGUUACUCGAGAGUAUUACGUCAAUGACGCCGGCAGCCAGAUGGAGGCUUUCUAUCGCUCCGUACUGGCCAGGUACCGCCAGUCCUUCGGCCAGGACGCCUCGAUGCCCUCCAACGGGUACAUGGGGGACUACAUCUUAGACUUGGCAAUGGAAAUCGCCGGCGCAGAGGGUGAACGGUUCCUGAGCCAGGACGAGGACCAGGCCAUACGGGAAAUCGGCGACCUCAGCCGUGAGAGGAUGGUCGGACUCAUCCGGGAGGACUUGAGCAGGAUCGGCGUUGAGUUCGACAACUGGUUCAGCGAGCGCACGCUCUACACUAGUGGCGAAUACAACGAGACUCUGGACCAAUUGAGAGAGCAGGGAUACCUGUCCCAGCGGGAAGACGCGCUCUGGUUCAACUCGACCAUGCUGGGCGACGAAAAGGACAACGUCGUGGUGCGGUCGUCUGGAGAGCCAACUUACUUCGCCUCCGACAUCGCGUAUCACCACAACAAGUUCAUCGGACGCGGUUAUGACUCGGUGGUCGACAUCUGGGGAGCCGACCACCAGGGACACGUGCCCAGGAUGAAGGCGGCGGUGGAGGGACUGGGCAUCGACCCGGAACGGCUGACCAUUCUUAUAGCCCAGAUGGUCACCCUCAAGCGUGGGAGUGAGGUGGUGCGGGCCUCCAAGCGCACCGGUGAGUUCGUAACGCUUCGGGAACUGGCAGAAGAAGUGGGAAGCGACGCCUGCCGGUUCUUCUUCCUGUCGCGGACACCAUCGACCCAGAUGGAGUUCGACCUGGAACUGGCAAAGCAGGAGUCGUCGGAAAACCCGGUAUAUUAUGUCCAGUAUGCCCAUGCGCGUAAUGCUGGUAUUCUGACCCUCGCAGGUGAACGGAAUAUCGACUGGAGUUAUGGCGAUGUGACGCUCUUGACCCAUCCCAGCGAAUUGGCCUUGAUCCGGCACAUGGUUCGGCUGCCGGAACUGGUGCAGCAGAUGGCCAAGACGUUGGAGCCGCACCACCUGGCCCACUUCACGAUGGAGCUGGCCACCGCAUUCCACGGCUUUUACGAAAAUUGCCGGGUCAUAUCCGCUAACCCUGAGGACGCGGACGUAACCCUGGCCCGACUAAAACUCGUGGAAUCAGCCCAGAUCGUGUUCCGCCGCUCCCUCGAGAUGAUGGGCAUGCACGCUCCCGAACGAAUGUAG